AUCUGCGCCUUACGGCGUUAGUGAUGUAGUUCGAGUGCGUCUGAAGCUCGGAGGAUGGAAAUUUGGGAUGAAGUAUAUUGACAUUCGUUUAGCCUAUCGCGUGGACAUGCUUGAAGUGAGGGUAUCCGGGAGAACGGUCUCGGGGUGAACUCCGGUUUUGGCUUGGUGAGCUCCGUUCGUAACCAGAAGGUCUUCGUAUAUCCUUGAAACGCAAAUAGCAAGUUUUCAGGUACUGUCAGAGCAUGUGUCGAAUAUGGCGGUGUAAUGGUGGAAGACAUCGUUUGUCAGGUGGACGCCCAAGAAAUCUGUUGCAUAUACUCCGUGGAAUAUGUAGUGUAGAAUGAACUUGUGCCUCUUCACCACUGCAAAGUGUUGGAUAGCUUCAUCCUUGUUUUAGCCAGCACACGCUCAACCAGAAGCCGUACAUCUCCUUUGGGCCACUCAGUUGACGCAACCAUGCGCCAUAAAGCCUCGGGCAGGCAUUUGGAUGUGAUACAAGAUCUGUAGUCAGGUGUUGCAUUGGUGUCAAUUGUAAAGUGAUAUAGCUGUAUAACAUAUCGUUUGAUACCAACUUGUCCGAACCCCAGUCAUGUCUUUCGCUACUCGUCCGGAGGCUCUGGCCACCAAGGCUGGUCGUCGUGCAUUUGCGCGGAACACUGAGGCGCUUCGCUCCCAGCUCCUGGGUGUCCCUAGACGGCCUAGCCGUGUUACCGCGAAGUUCUCCGCCAAGCAGCUUACCGAAAACCUCGCCUCGGAGUUGGUGGCAAAGCUACCAAAGGCUGCCCUUGCAUCGCUGCUGUCGUUGUCGACGACUGGCGUGGCAUCCGCAGCCGACGUUUUCGCUCCUCCGCCAGAGACGAACACCACCACCAUAAACCAGGCUCCGCAGUCCGUGCAGUUUGGUGCAUCCGCGCCGCUGACCGCCCCGGAGGUGCGCUCGGAGUACCAGCUCCCUGAGGGCAACCAGUGGCGCUACUCGGAUUUCGUCAACGCCGUGGAGGCGGGCAAGGUGGAGCGCGUGCGCUUCUCGAAGGACGGCUCCCAGCUACAGCUGACGGCAGUUGACGGGCGCCGUGCUACCGUUGUGCUGCCAAAUGACCCCGACCUGGUUGACAUCCUCGCCAAGAAUGGAGUUGAUAUUUCGGUGUCGGAGGGCGACCAGCAGGGCAACUAUGUGGCGCUGCUGGGCAACAUCCUCUUCCCGCUCAUUGCCUUCGGUGGCCUGUUCUUCCUCUUCCGCCGCAGCCAGAACGGCGGUGCUGGCGGUCCCAUGGGCCCUAUGGGCGGCGCCAUGGACUUUGGCCGCUCGAAGAGCAAGUUCCAGGAGGUGCCGGAGACGGGUGUGGUCUUCGAUGAUGUUGCGGGCUGCGACGGUGCUAAGCUGGAGCUGCAGGAGGUUGUUGACUUCCUGAAGAAUCCUGACAAGUACACGGCCCUGGGAGCUAAGAUCCCGAAGGGCUGUCUUCUGGUGGGUCCCCCCGGCACGGGUAAGACUCUGCUGGCUAAGGCCGUGGCCGGUGAGGCCGGUGUGCCCUUCUUCUCCUGCGCUGCCUCGGAGUUCGUGGAGGUCUUCGUGGGUGUCGGUGCAUCGCGUGUGCGUGAUCUGUUCGAAAAGGCCAAGGCCAAGGCACCCUGCAUCAUCUUCAUUGAUGAGAUUGAUGCUGUGGGUCGCCAGCGUGGCGCCGGCAUGGGUGGCGGCAAUGAUGAGCGCGAGCAGACCAUUAACCAGCUUCUGACGGAAAUGGACGGCUUUGAGGGCAACACGGGUGUUAUUGUGCUGGCCGCCACCAACCGACCCGACGUGCUUGAUCAGGCGCUGCUGCGUCCAGGCCGCUUCGACCGCCAGGUCACGGUGGACCGGCCCGACGUCCAGGGCCGUGUGGCCAUUCUCAAGGUGCACUCUCGCGGCAAGGCACUGGGCAAGGACGUCGACCUGGAGAAGAUCGCCCGUCGUACUCCGGGUUUCACCGGCGCUGAUCUUCAGAACCUGAUGAACGAGGCCGCCAUUCUGGCAGCCCGGCGCAACCUGAAGGAGAUCAGCAAGGAGGAAAUUGCGGACGCACUUGAGCGCAUCAUUGCCGGCCCCGAGAAGAAGGGUGCCGUCAUGAGCGAGAAGAAGCGGCGCCUGGUGGCCUACCACGAGGCCGGUCACGCGCUGGUGGGCGCGCUGAUGCCGGAGUACGACCCGGUUACGAAGAUCUCGAUUGUGCCUCGUGGCGCUGCUGGCGGUCUGACGUUCUUCGCACCUAGCGAGGAGCGGCUCGAGAGCGGUCUGUACAGCCGCACCUAUCUGGAGAACCAGAUGGCGGUGGCGCUGGGCGGCCGCAUUGCGGAGGAGCUCAUCUUCGGCGAGGACGACAUCACUACAGGUGCAUCUGGUGACUUCCAGCAGGUGACCCGCAUUGCUCGCCUGAUGGUGACCCAGCUGGGCCUAUCUAAGAAGCUGGGCCAGGUGGCGUGGUCGUCAAGCGGCGGCGCGCAGUUCCUGGGCGCAUCGGCGGCGCAGCCAGCGGACUUCUCGCAGGCGACCGCUGACGAGAUUGAUAACGAGGUGAAGGAGCUGGUGGAGCGGGCUUACCGCCGCGCGAAGGACCUGGUGGUGUCCAACAUUGACAUCCUGCACAAGGUGGCCGCUGUGCUGAUCGAGAAGGAGAAUAUUGAUGGCGAUGAGUUCCAGCAAAUCGUGCUGGCCAGCCAGGCGCAGCAGUACCUGAAGAAGGACGCGCCCGGUGUGUCCAUUCCCUACCAGGCUGCGUAAAGCGGAUCAGCGCGUGGGAGGCUGCGUAGGUCAUGCUGUGGGUGCGUGAUUGCGGGUGGAUCGAUGCAUGCUUAAUGCUUACGUAGGAAUAUGGGCGAUUGCGGAGUGGCCGUGUCACGGGGCUGGGCGCUUGGGCUAUUUCGAUGGGGAGUUUUCAAAGGGCGCGGUGGUGUUAUCCAGGAUGUGGUGGUUUUGUUGCCCUGAGGUUCAAGCCCGAGCACGUGGCGAGGGCAUGAAUGGCCACGCGAGUGUGGUCUUGGAGAUGCGGAUGGUGCUGUGAUGAGCUAGUCUUGAUGUUUAGUGAUGCCAUACUAUGUUUGGCUACGCUUUCGAAUCGGGUUGUUAACGAGAGCUGUCUGUCACGCAAAGAGUUUUGCCCGCCAGCAGUGGUUCGUUGUUGCAGGAAGAUCGAGCGAGCUUGUACAGUUGUAAUUUUGAUUGUG